AUGAACAAAGACUAUAACAUUGACGAUUUGCAAAAUGAGGAAGCACAACUACCUGAGCCAAAAUCUCUUCUUGAUAAACCUGGAAAAGAAAUCGAAGUCGUCGAAAUCCAUAACCACUUGCUUGCGACCCAUUACUUAUAUAAUACCUUGUUGAAGCUAGAACAAGAAAUAAAAAUCGAUAAUAUAAAGAAGAUCCAUUGUACUCCUUUGAAAGAUACUCCACAGGAGAGAGUUGAUGUAUGUGGCAAAAUUCAGCAAGCAGGAAUGUUUCGAACUGUGUCAAUGCAGGCAGUAGGUUAUCAUUUGACCAUUUAUCCGUACGGAGAGGAAGACCUGCGUUGA